UCGACGUACGCCAUAAAGUAGAUCCGGCUCGAGCGCUGAGUGCCCCGGAUGUUGGCUCGGCCGCUGAGCGAGAGGCGAAGCGGGGAGAAGGCAGGCGGAGAGAGAGAAGCAGUGAAGGGACGCCACGGCACCGCAGGCACACCGGCGAACCUUCGGCGGCUCUUUGCCCGGGACGACAAGCGUUCGAGCGCGCGGCGGACACCCUCGGGAAACCCGCCGGACCACGGGAGGUGGACGGUGGCAGAAGGCUGGAGCAGUGAAGUGCGAAACUACCGCGAGGAUUACGGAGACCACCGUCAACAUCAGAUCUCUCCCCCCCCCGCCCCCCCCACACACACAGUCGUUCUUGUCAGCCUUUAACUGGCCCAUAGCCACGGUUUCGCUCCAACUGAUUGGCAGAUUAAUUAUGGAUGUGAUUUGCUUGGCCACUGGCGAUGAGGGAGUCAGACUCGCCUUGGAGAAGACAGCAUGCUAAUGUCCUGAUUUGAGGGCCCAGACUCCAGCUUAUCAGCCCCACCUGCUCCUCUCCCAACCAGUCAGUCAAUCAAGCUCCUACAGAGGCCACCGGUUUACCUUCAGGCUUUAGGGUUUACCCUCCCCACCCCCCCCUCCCCCUUCCUGCUGCCCGGCCUGUUGUCACCAUGACGUCGGAGCUGGAAAGUAGUCUGACCUCCAUGGAUUGGCUUCCUCAGCUUACCAUGCAGGCAGCCAUCCGCAAGGCUGACAGCCAGCAUGGCCAUGGGCCAGGCAUGGGCAAGAAGAGCACCCUUCUGGAUCCCAACACCACGCUGGACCAAGAGGAGGUGCAGCAGCACAAGGAUGGCAAGCCGCCCUACAGCUACGCCAGCCUCAUUACCUUUGCCAUCAACAGUUCGCCAAAAAAGAAGAUGACAUUGAGCGAGAUCUACCAGUGGAUCUGUGAUAACUUUCCCUACUACAGAGAGGCAGGAAGUGGCUGGAAGAACUCAAUACGGCACAAUCUGUCAUUGAACAAAUGUUUUCUCAAAGUGCCUCGCUCCAAAGAUGACCCAGGAAAGGGCUCUUACUGGGCCAUUGACACCAACCCAAAGGAGGAUGCCUUGCCAACGCGGCCCAAGAAAAGGCCGCGGUCUGGAGAGCGGGCGUCUACGCCAUACAGCCUGGAGUCGGAGUCUUUGGGGAUGGAGUGUAUGAUCUCUGGAAGUGCCUCUCCAACGCUGGCAAUCAACACUGUGACUAACAAGGUGGCGCUGUACAACACGGACCAGGAAGGGAGCGACAGUCCGAGAAGCAGCCUUAACAACAGCCUGUCCGAUCAGAGCCUGGCCUCCGUCAAUCUCAACAGUGUGGGCAGCGUGCACAGCUACACGCCGGUGUCCAGUCACCCUGAACCCGUAUCCCAGUCUCUGAGCCUCCAGCAGCCCCAGUCCCAGUACAACAUGCCCGACAGAGACAAGCAGCUCAUGUUCUCUGAAUUUGAAGAUCUCAGUGCCUCCUUCCGCAGCCUUUACAAAUCCGUCUUUGAGCAGUCCUUCAGCCAACAAGGUCUGAUGGGAAUACCAUCAGAUGCGUCACAGCAGACCCACACGUCUUGCUCCUAUCAGCACUCCCCCGGCGGCGCCAUCAGCACGCAGAACAACCUGUCCAACAACCAGCCCAACAGCCACUCCAACAACAGCGGCCAGGUGCCUCUCUCCCACCCGGCCCAAGCCCACCCCGGACACGGCUCCCCGCACACGCAGCACCUUCCGCAGCACGCCGGACCGCACAACCAGCACUCGCAGCACCCGCAGCACGGCCAGCACCCGCAGCAGCACCAGUCCCACGGCCAGCACCCGCAGCAGCACACGUCGCAUCCCGCCCAACACGCGCAGCACAGCCAACACCCUCCGCAGCAUCAGAGCCUCUCCCACCAGCCGCAUCCUGCCCAGCAGCAGAUGGGCUGCAAUCCAGGUUUACUUUCUGAUUGGUACCCCAAUCUGGACGCACUGAAAGAAAGCUGCCGCAUUGCGAGCAGCUAUAAUUGGGCUGAUGUGGACCUGUCACCUUUCCAAGGAUUGCGAGAGAGUAUGAGGCAGGCUGAAUUGAACAACUGGUCGCUGGAGCCCACACAGAUCGCCGACCUGUGCUCGUCCAUCAACCAAUUCUUCGCCCGCACCGGCGUCAUCCAGCCGCAGGGGACUGUGCAGCCGGCCGUCUGCCACGCGCCCAUGCACCCAAACAAACCCAGCCAGCACCUCGGCACAGGAAAUCUUUACAUGGACUCCAGACAGAGCAUGUCAAUGAUGGGCCCCCCGGGGUAUCCCCACAUGCCCCCCAUGAGCAGCGCAGGACCCACUAUGACUGGACACCACGCUCAGAUGAACCAGCAGCAUAUGAUGCCGAGCAGAAACUUCCAGAUGCAUCGCAUGCCGGCCGACGACAUCCAGGAUGAUUUCGACUGGGACUCCAUUGUGUAGCUGCCUCUUUUUUUUUUUUUUUUUUUUUUUUUUUGCAAACAAAAGGAGCGUAGAGCGAUGAGAGGAGGUGGAAGCCAGAGGAAAUCAGGCUGGGCUAAAAAAGGCCGCGGGAGGGGGAGGAGAUGGAGGAAGAGCAGAACCCCCCACCCACACACACACACAUAGACACACACCUCUCUUACUCCCCUUCUAAGUGGGUGAACAUUAGACGGGCUGCCCUGAGACAUUUUUACAUAACCAGAAAAAGACAAUCAUAUUAGUGGGACAGGAUCGUGUAUGUCUCCAGCCCGCCCCUCCCACCACCCUUACCAGCGGCCUUCCAAAAACCCGCAAACCACCCCUCGAUCCCACCCGUUUAGCCCCGCUUUUAGCCACUCCACCAUUGUUCUGUGAUUUGAGCUUGUGAUUCUUCUUCUCGUGUUGGCCUCAGCUGCCUUGUGGAUGGUUUUAGUGCGGUCUAUCUCUCUUUUUUUUAAUUAAUAAUUUUUAUUGUUUUGUAAAAGAAACGCAGGCCACCUCUGUGAGUCGUGACUGUGCACUCGACGGUGGAGGAGGGCCCCCGUGUGGUUGGCGGUGACGUUUGGAUUACGCUCGCUGAGGUUUUGAACAGGGUGUAUAAAAAUAAAGGGUCUUCAGGCCUUCUGUUAACUAUAUAAAACCAUAGAAUGAAAGCCAAUCAAUGUGUUCAUACAAAGGAGUGUUUGGGCCCCAUUGAAAGGGGGGAAAAAGGUAAAAUUACAGGAAAAAAAAAGUCAGCCAAAUGUUGCAAAGGAUUAUUUUGAAUUUUAAUUCGUCAAUAUGGUGUGUGAUAGCAACAGGAUACCAAAUGUUAUGUUUGUUUUGUUUUUAAAGGUGUAGGCACAUCCACAUCCAUGUCAUUCUAUCCAUCAAUAUUCCCUUUGGAGCAGUGUUUCCCAACCUUUAUUAAGCCAAGGUACACAUUUUAAAUCUCAUGGCAUACCAUCAAUCCAUUUUCUGAGCCGCUUCUCCUCACAAGGGUCGCGGGAGUGCUGGAGCCUAUCCCAGCCAUCAUCGGGCAGGAGCCGGGGUCCACCCUGAACUGGUUGCCAGCCAAUCGCAGGGCACAUAAAAACAAACAACCAUUCGCACUCACAUUCACACCUACGGGCAAUUUAGAGUCCUCAAUCAACCUACCACGCAUGUUUUUUUGGAUGUGGGAGGAACCCGGAGUGCCCCGAGAAAACCCAUGCAGGCACGGGGAGAACAUCCAAACUCCACACAGGCGGGGCCGGGGAUUGAACCUCGGUCCUCAUAAGUGUGAGGCAGACGCCCUAACCAGUAGACUACCGUGCCGCCUCAUGGCAUACCACCAAACGAAAAUGUACUGAAAUAAUAAUGAUCUGGUUUCAAUUUACUCAGGCUGUGAAAUCUGGGCCAAUUUAGUUGAACACAUAGCUGAUAUCCUUGUUAUAUGAAUGGCAGCUUUGCAUCGCUAACAUAGCUAGAUGAACAAAGAUACAUUAUUUGUACUGGAUAAAUCAUCUUGGGACCAAAUUAAAAUUGGAUAAUGUCCGGCUCUCACAGUGGUUGGGAAUAACUGCUUUAGGGAUGGGCAUGGUCAUCAAUUUAUUGAUGCAUAAGAAUUGAUGGUUGAUUAGUCAUGUCUGGAAGCGAUUGAGAAAAAAUAGCGUUCUCCUUCUGGCUGCAUCUAAUCGAUACACUGUCAGUCAUCAUCUACUUCACAUUCAUGCAGACACUUACUAUUUUGUGCCAUUCUAAAUUAUUUUCUUAAAAUCAAUCAAUAGAACGUUCAUUUUCCCUUGGAGAUCAAGGAAAUGCCCAUCCCUAAUUCGUUUUUACACAUAGCAGCCUAUUGAUCAUUAAAGGGGUCAUUCAUAACAGCUAGGUGAAGCAGCACACUGAAAGUGAAAAGCUUAAAAUCUACUUGUGAAAUUAAAACGGAAUUCACUCGUAACACACUGACGUAUUCUCAAUAAGAAAAUGCUACAAAUGCUAGUCUGGCUAGCAUUAGGCUGAAAUCCUUCUAGUUAGCAUAAAGUACUCCAGUGUCCCUCCUUAAGAUUUCAUUUGGAUUGAAACUGCUCAAUUCCUUAGCAUACAACGUCCAUUCACAGUAGAGCAAACGAGGCAAUGAGAUAACGAAAGUUUCCUUCGCAAUAUGCUCUCAGAUGCACUUUAUGCUAAGCUAUGCUAACUCACCUGCAGUGGCUGCUUGGUCAGUGGGCAACUAGCAUGCAGAUGAAGCAGGGUGAGGAGUAGGUUUAGGGCUAGGGGUUGGUUAGUGUUGGAGUAAAGGUUAGGAUUCAUUUUCAAUCACAUUAUUGAUCGUUUUGUGUCCGCCAUAUUGUAGGUUGAGAUCUGGAGGAUAAGCUCGGCUUGAAACUGAAAGACUAGCAGACUGAAUCAUUUUUGAUCGUUUUCUCCGUAUAACUGUAAUCGGUUAAUAUCAGCUUUGUUGUAAACGUUCCAAUCUCGCUGGAUGUGUGUAUGUGUGUGUGUGUGUUGGAUGUGUACAUUCAAAUAACACCACGGCAACAAUGAACCGCUGUCCAAAGUAAGCAAUAUAUUUUAUAAAUCCGUGUUACUGAAGAAUACUGAACUAAAAUAUAAACAUUGAAAAUGGAGACAUGGAUGCCCGGCAUACUAAAACGAGUCCUGCAGCAGGGUUUUCUACACCGAUGUCCUGUUUCAAUUAAAUGUGGUAAAUACAGUACUAUGUACCAUACAUUACAAUGUAUGUAACAUACAUUUUCUAACGUUUUUUUAAGCGUUAAAGCUUAACGUUGAUGACCUGUUCAGAACAAACACAGAUGUAUGGACUGGAUAUCUGGCCGGCGUUAGCUCAGCUGUGCUUAUUCUUAUUGUGCUUGACAAAUGUUCUGCCUUCUCGCCCUAGUUCGAAAUUGGCGCGAGUGAAUGAUUAAAUGAGACUUUGUCCCUCCCGCUUGUAUUGUCACAGCCAAACACUGCACAGUAAUUCACCAUUGCGUCAACUUCCAAAAUGGCGGUGCGUGACAUCACGGAAAAACAAUCUAUAGACUCAAGCUGGGUUAGGCUAAUCAGGACUAGGGUUCGGCAAAGUUUGGGGUUGAAGUAAGGGUUAUGAGUUAUACAGCUGGCUGGUGGAGGUCAUGGUUAGGGUACUCCUUAGUGCCUGUCAGAAAGCCAAAAAUGUUACCUCAGAUUAAUCAACUCGCUCACAUUGGGUUUUGGUUAGGGUUUAGUUUAAGUCAGUGGUUCUCAAACUUUUUACACCAAGUACCACCGAAAAUACACUGAACUCCUCACCAUCAUGACUCACAUUGAAAUACAGUUGCGUAGGGUUUAUUCCUAAAAUUUAUAUAUAAUAUUAUUGCAAGCCACUGUAACAUUAUGCACAGUUUGAACAUUAACACUGUGCUUAGAUAUAGGAAAAUAAAAACUGUACUUAAUGAUUACUUAAAACACACUAAAAUAAAAAAAUUUGCCAAUAUAGAUGUUUGAAAACAAACAGUUCUACUAGAUGAAAUGCGACUGUUGUACUUUAGUUAAAUACAAGUGAACUGUAAUUAACUAAUAUAUUGUUUUGUACUUGAUUUAAAAAAAAAAAAAAAAAAAGAAAAAACUUUAAAGUCACUGUAAUAUGCACAGUUUGAACAUUUUAUUCAGUUAUUCUGUGGUGUUCCACUAGAGGGAGCCGUUGUACCACACUGACAAUCACUCACAGGGUAAGGGUUAGGGGUCAGUUAGGGUUAUGGUUCGUGUAAUGGCUAGUACCUCUGAUUAAUGAUCAAUAGGCUCUAUUCUUGCCCUAUAAACUGUCACUUUUGUUUAUUUUCUUAACACAGUGAAGAUGACUUUUCAAUGCUGUAUUGGGAGUUUUAGCACUUAAGGUAUUAUGCUAAUUUUUAGUUGACGUUUUGUUGUAAGCACAAGCGAUUUUUGCUGAAAAGCACACAAGAAAGAAAACAGGAUGAUUGGCAGUUCUGGAAACUUCUGUAUCAGAUGGGCACGAAAACAACAGCACUCACAUGGUGCAAAUUUUCACAUACUUGGCCAUAAAUUCUGUCAUCCUUUUUUUCCAUUUAAUCUGAUGAUUUCGGUCUGGCUCUUGCACUAGGGAUGGACAUUUGACUACAUUCUCUUGAUCGAUCAAGAUAAACAAUUAAUUGUUAGUUUUUGAAAAAAUGUUUUUAAUUGGAUGGGAUUCAGAGCGAUCACUGAACUCUAAACUCUUGUUUCCAUGGCAGUGUUGUAUUGAAUGGAAUAACGUUGCCCGGAGGAGUCAAUUCCCACUGCUGACAUCAUGUUUUUCUUCUUUAGACCGCAAACAAAUUUCAACAGAGUAGUGACAACUCCAUUUUACCUCAAUUGCAACAAUCAGUUCCACACAAUCGACCGAAUUCUUAACGAUCAGUCAAUCGACUAAUCGAUCAUUAUGCCCAUGCCUAAUUAAGUUUGUAUUCCACUAACAGUGCCCCCCCCCCCCCAAACCACCCUCUAAUGAUUCCACACUCGGGGAUUGAGCAAUCCAACCCAGUGGAAGCCAGUGGACCUCCAUUUGUGUGUUUAAAAAAACCACACACACACACACACAUUUUCCAUAGGAAUGAAUGGAUCCGGUGCAGAGUAAAACUUACCAUGCAUGAAUAUGAUUUAUUCUGUGAAAUGUUUGGUCCCAAAUAUGCUGAACUAUUCCUUUAAAGACCCUGUAAAGUGAAUUCAGAGAUUUGUUUCUAAAUACAUUAUACGUUUAAAGAUAAUUGCUGAAAAUGUGAAAGGACUGAGAAGUACGCAGCGCUCAAUUGUGGCAAUUUAGCGUUAAACAGUUUUUCACCAUUUCAGUUUUCCAGAUUUGUUGGGGGGAGGGGGCAUGGCUAAACAGGCACUCAGUUACACACUUGACCAUCCGGCGUGAGUCGUCCCUCCCCCUAUAUACGAACUUGAGCACGGUCAGUGAUUAUGCGAUGCAGUUGUGACUAGCAGUUAGCUGAAUAGCUAUGCCUACUCCCCGAAAUGCAUCUUACUUUCGAAUAUUUUGCUGGCGUAGCCACUUUGGAGCGCCUCGUCAGCUGUGAGUGCACGCACGUCACAGAGAGAGGGCUGAAAAUAAAAAUUCUGACGUGAUAGCUAGCCAGUGUGUGGACAGGACCUUCACACUGGCGUGGCUGCUUUAGAGCGCCUCGUUGUCACAGCAUGGAAAACACGCUACGGGCCGGUGGGAUAUAUUCUAGCCACCGGAGGCUUUAAACAGAUAUAUUUUCACAGCUCAAACAUGUAUGGACGUGUAGGCAUAAGAAGGUCGUAGUAGAGCUAUCUGAUUGGCAGUUGAGCGGGUCCUAGUUUCUGCGCAUUCCGUAGACACGCCCACAGCGUUUGAGCGCAAAGACAAUUACUUGAUUUUUAAAAAUAAUUUUUAAGGCUCACUUUACUGUGUAUAUUUGCUGAUUAAUCAUUCAAAUUUGGCAUGGUUGUUAACAACACUUCUCUGUGGUGUGUCAAAUUUAGAAGACAUUUCUUUUCACUUUACAGGGACUUUAGGACAUAUUGCCAUUUAAGGGUAAGGUUUUAUGACAAUCAUUUGUAAUAGUGCAGAAUGUGCAAAAUAAGCAUUAAAAAGAAAUUCAGGGAUGGGCACUUGACAAAAUUCCCUCGGUUGUUUUUGUAGCGCACCUUCCCAUAGCUGUCGUCAUGUUGUCUUCUUUAGACAGCAAACUACAGUUGAGAGCAAAUAGUGACGUAGUGCAGUCCAAUUUGCCCCAAUCGUUUCCAAGACGCAACUAAUCAAUUCAAUUGAUCGAUGCCUACGCCCAUCCCUAUUGUAAAACUGUAUGGAGGUAGAGUUUGUUUCACUUCUUCCAGGUGAAGAUGAUAAACAACUUAAUGUGGCUUGGAAAAAAAGGAAAUAGUUGAAGAAAAAUGACUGGAUCACUUUUUUUGUUGCUUGAACUAAUGUGUGUGUGCGAGUGUGAUUAAAGAAAAGAAAAAGGGUGGGGGGGUUCAAAGGUCGUUUUUACCUGCCAGAGAGAUUAUUUUGAAUGAGACAAAAAGAAAAUAUCCCGUUUGGAGUGGUUUUUCAAAAGCAGUCAUUAUCAUCCUAGUACUGUCAAUUGAAAUGAAUGGUCGUUUCCUUCAGUGCUGGUGUGUUGUCGUGCUUGUACAUAGUUGUCUUUUCAAUCACACAACCCCCGCCCCUUUUUUUUCCUCUCUCAGGGGGCCAGGGGGAGUUCACGAAAUAGACGAGGGAGGGGAAAGAAUAUUUUGUUAUUGUCCAAUCAGAGGGUGACAGUAUGUAUAUAUCUAUAUUGUAUAUAUGUGAUGAAAAUGCAUUGGCUUUUUUUUGGUGUGUGUGACACUACCUUUUACCUGUACUAUGUUUCUACAUUGUGUUUCAGUGUUGAUAAUAUAUAUUUGGUUUGUGUUUCAUUGUUUUUAUUCCGUCUUUGUCAUUUCUUGUUUGUUAUCCUUCUAUUUUCCCCCUUUUUUUAUUUUAAAUUGCACGAUUUAUUACUUUUGCUGUCCGAUGAGUUGACACAGCUACUCUUUGUAUUCGUUUAGUGCUGUAAAGUGUUAUUAGAAUUGUCAAUACCACCGGAACCCGUACCCCAAGCCUCCUCCUUGCCCAAUAUGCAUGAAUGGCACUUAAAAGAAAUAAAAUAUGGUAAUUUCACUGUGGAA